AGAAGAAUCCGGCCCAACAUCGACGGCCUAUUGUCCCAUUCGGACGGAGAGAUCGUAUCCUACUUGUGGGUGAGGGUGAGCGCUUCCUCUUCUUGUAAACUUCCCUACUACUUUCAAGAUUUACGUUUCCUUUUGAUGAUUUUCUUUCUCAAAUACCUGGAGCGUCCAGAGCCCUUCAGUCAAUGUUGUUCUCCCUAUUUACAUUCGUCUCAUGUGCUUGUCCGACAGCAUCAGGCGAGCGUCGAUGUUUCCGCAUGUGUUAAUCUGCAAGGGCACUCGUCGUGUUGGCUUUGUUGAAUUUAUAGUAUACUAGCGAUCUGUAUUAACGUUGACCCGACCUGAAGCUAUUCUGUGCCUUUCCUUCCGUGUACUCACGCUGGCUCGGCUGAGCCCCUGGUGUCUUGCGGUUCAAGUACCAGAGUUCCUGAAUUGCAAAUAGUCUGACGAAAUGUUUACUAGGGGAUUUCUCGUUUGCUCGCUCUCUAGCGAUGCAGCACCGUUGCAGCAAUAUCCUGGCCACAUGCUACGACUCAGAAGAGAUGCUAUACAGCAAAUAUCCACAAGCUAAACAGCAUGUCCAGGAUCUUCUUAGCUCGUUCUCUAAUAAGAGAAAACAGAGUGAUCCUGAUGGAUCUGAGGCGGAGAAGGAAAGCACUCAGGGAAAAAAGAAAGGCGGACAGCAGUCUGAUAAGAAACAGGACUGCAAGCGUCGGGGUCCGAACGUACUCUGCGCAGUUGAUGCGCGAAAACUCGGAUCUCCCGCCGGAGGUGGGAAGGAUGUCCGCACAGGCUUUGCACGCCGCGAGCGCAAACGUCCUGCUUGGCAGGGAAAUAGGCAGAAGAUCGAGCCAGCAACCACUACAGGUGGGCCCUGGGAUAUCAUAUGUUUCAACUUCCCACACGUCGGUGGCCUAUCAACGGACGUGAAUCGACAGGUUCGCUCAAACCAGGAACUACUUGUCGCCUUUUUCAAGGCCUGCGUGCCACUGUUGUCGGCCCGUCCGCAAGUCUUGAACGGCGAUGAUGAAGACGAAGAGGAUGACAACUGGAGCUCAAGUGAAGACAGUGAAUCAGACUCGGGCGAGCAGGAUGAUCAGGAUAUCCUCGCCAAUGGACGGCGAGGUAAAUACAGGACCGAGCCAGGACAAAUUUUAGUGACCAUGUUUGAAGGCGAGCCUUACACCCUAUGGAAUAUCAAGGAUCUUGCACGGCACGCCGGUUUGCGGGUGGUCACGAGUUUUAGAUUUCCGUGGAGCUCUUACCAGGGAUACUCCCACGCUCGAACCCUCGGCGAGAUCGAAGGAAAGCAUGGGGGAAGAGGGGGCUGGAGGGGAGAAGACCGCGAGGCAAGAAUGUAUGUCUUUGAGGUCAGGCAAGAAGAUCAAGUUGCCCCGCCGAAGAAUCCGCAGGCUACUAGAUUGGACACUAAGGGAAAGAAUCAGAAACGGUCAAGGGACUCGUCCGAUAGUGACGAUAGCGACUAAGCUGUUAAGAAUCUUGUUCUCGUACU